AUGUGCGCAUUAAACUUGAACAAACAACCACAUACACAGAUACAGACAUUUAGGCAUAGAGAUCGACAUAUUUACGUCGAUAGAGAUGGAAAUGGCUCGAGACUUUGGGUCGGUCGCUGUCGUUUGCUCGAGUUGCUUCAUUGCAGGGUGUUACUUUUCCAGAGGUUCUUUUGCAUCAAGUUCAUCAUCGGUAUGCAUUUCUUGUGCGGAGGCCAAGGAGAAAGACGCACAGUUUCCCUGAUUUACAGGAAAGGCGUUCUCCAGUGCACAACAUCCAGGUCAAGUGGUAGAAGCGAGGCUGCAAAGCUGCUGCAUCAUCUCUUACAGGCAUCACACUUCCUUGAACAGUUUGGGAUUUCUUUGUACACAGACACCGUCACACAGCGGACAGUACGGUAG